AUGCUGAUUGACUCGAAGCGUGGCAAAUACAUUCGAAAGAACAUCAGGCAUUCUCCAACACAGCGCGCCUGGUCGUCGACGAUUACCACCGACGGACAGGCAACCAGCCAUGCAUCGCAGUCGCUGACAGCAAAAUUCUCAAUUGACGAUAUUUUGCGAGUGUCGGACAGUUCAUUCAGCUCAUUCGCUGCCGGCGAACACAUUGCCACUACUACUUCGGCAGACAGUGAGCGUAAAGUGGUUGAUGGUAGCAGCAAUGCUGAAAUACUACCAGCACAGGGUCCCAGUGAAAUCGCUGCUGAACAAAAUCCAGAACAGCAGAAAGAUAAAGAAGGGUCGGAAAUGCUUUAUUUGAGAUUAUGUGAAUCCUACCUAUCGCCACCACGACCGUCGUCGACUACUCCACCUGGUAGUCACCGGGUGGUAUAUAUGGGGGAAUCGUAUACAUUUAGCUACCUCGUUCAGAAAAUCAAUACACCAAGCAACAUCUCCUCUCCCGUCCCAACCACACCAUUCCAACCCCCCAAGCGCAAACACCCCCAACCAAAGCUCCAGUGGACGGUCCCCGCGAGCGUCGACGACAAGGCGCGGAACAUUGGUUACGAUCCGCAGCUGGACCUAGGGGAAGUAGACUUCCUCAACUCGGUCGGGGCGUUUUCGGUACCAGAGCGAAAAAUCAGCGACCAAUUAGUGAAAACCUUUUCAGACUACGUGUUUCCCAUCUUCCCUGUCUUCGACAGCGCCGACUUCUUACGCCAGUACGACACGGGCUGCCUGUCGUUGCUCUCGCUCAACGCCGUCUAUUUGCUCGCUGUAACACUCUGUUCAGAUGACUUGAUUGCCCAGGCUGGCUUUUCUAAUCGCUUCAUGGCACGGAGAACCUUCCACAGACGUGUCAAAGCGUUGUACCAUUUGGACUAUGAGACGGAUAAGAUAGCGAUAAUCACGAGUCUUUUUAUAAUCAGCUUUUGCUGGAAUGGCCUUAUGGACGAGAAGGAUAUGUGGCACUGGCUUGGGGCAGCGAUUGGAUUGGCCCAGGCGCAGGGAACAGAGAUUAUGGAAACGGAUAUGGUGGUCUAUAUACGUAUUAGUCCCCCCCAUACCAAAGGCCGCCCUCUGCGCAUUCGAGAUGAGGAUUGCGAUGUCGAAAUGCUUCAGAUAGAAGACUUCGAGGGGACCGAAUCCCCCAAUUCAGCAAUAUUCAGCACGCCACACCGGGUUCACAUCCUUAGCUCGAUUCACCUGGCAAAGCUCUCUGUUGUGUUCGGUCAAAUCAUCCUCGUCAAAUUUACUGUCCAAAGAUCCAUCAUGACCGAACUCGAAAAAGCUGAGCUGACUAAGAAAUUGGAAACCUGGCAACGAGAACUGCCCCGAGAAUUGACAAACCAACACUGUGCCAAUCAAACAGCGGAGUCUCAAUUCUGCGUAAACAUUAUCGAUAUUCUUUAUAGCCACCACCUUAUUCUCCUCCACCGUCCCAACUGCACCGACACCAACAGCGAAGCCUUCUCCGCGAAAUCUCCAGCGUUCAGCGCCGCCAGCUCAGUGACGCGCGGGAUCGAGAAUCUGAUGAUGUCUGACACACUGCGUCAGGCCCAACUUCACAUAAUUCCGAGCAUCUUCGCCGCCCUAGCCAUCCAAGUCCUCGUUAUCCGCAACACGAAACACGACAUACAGAAGAGGCUUGCUGAGAACCAUGCGCGGCAGUGCAUGCUCAGUCUAGGUGAAAUGCAGAAGUCGUGGCCAGUGUGCAGCUGGGUGCUGAAGCUGUUCGAGCAAUUGCUGAGCCAGAAACAUGGUCCGGAGACUACAUCGAGUUCAGGUAGUCUCAUUACUGGGGCAAGGAAUUCUGAUUCGCCUGUUCAAGAGAAGAAUGGCGGGACAGGGKGUGAUCCGACACUGCGGGGAACUAACGUCGAGCAGACGGGUUCUAGGCUUUAUCAGAAUGAUGUUGAUGGGGUCGCGUGUGAUUUGCGAGAGGUUGGAAGGCGUCAGGAUGAAGAGGACAGCAGUAAUAUUGAUUUGAUGCAGCCGUUCGCCAAUAAUCGGUCGUUUGCGCUGGAUAACACAUUUUCGGCUGGGGAUUAUGGGUUUGAUCUCAACGACAACACUGAGUUUCUGUCAUACUUGUUGGCUCAGGCUCCACCGACAUGA